UUCAAAAUGCAACCCAGGUUUCUUUUAGCUGUCGUCACAAUCACGUGCUUGUUUCAUUCGGCCUGGGCAAUUCCUACUUAUGUUUUGACGUUAGACUCGUCCAACACUGCAUGGACUGUUCGCAAUCUGAAUAACAGUAUUCGCUGCGGAGCCACUGUUCCUGGUGGAAUAUAUUCAGACCUAGAGAGAGCCAAAGUCUUGGAAUCAGUUUUGUACCGUUACAACGAUGUACAGUACAGAUGGGUCGCCAAUGACUCCUGGAUCUAUGAGACUUAUUUUGAUGUCUCCCGGACACUUUUGGGAUCGAAGCAGAAGUUCCUGGUGUUCCACGGCCUACACACAGUCGCUAAAAUAUACUUGAACAAAGUCCUGAUCGGGUCCACUGACAAUAUGUUUGUUCGGUACCGUAUCGAUGUAAAAGAUCAGCUGAAGGAAAACAACAAGCUGGAAAUAUUCUUCGAAUCUCCAAUUAAGGCUGCAAAGGCGGCCCAUAUGAAGUCGAAGUACCCUAUAAAGCCGACGUGCCCGCCUCCGACGUACAACGGAGAGUGUCACGCAAACAUGUUGCGCAUGAAGCAAGACUCAUUCGGCUGGGACUGGGGCCCAGCCAUACCUUCCCUUGGAAUAUGGAAGAGCAUCGACCUGGAACUUCACAAUUCAGCAGUCAUAAGGGAGGUCACGACGCAUCUUGAUAGAGAAAAAUCGAGGAAUUUUUGGUCUCUGAAAGUUCAGAUCUUUUUGGAGUCGAGUCUAAAAGUCACUGGGCAAUUAUCUGCUGUAUUAUACACCAAGAGCAAGAGCAUCAAUAAGACCGUUAACUGGGAGAAUGAAGGAUACGCAAAUACGACCAUUGAAUUGGAAGUACCAUACGAUGAAGUGGAUUUAUGGUGGCCGAACGGAUACGGUGAUCAUCCGCUGUAUAAAUUACUUGUGACUUUUGAAAGUGGAGGUGAAAAGUUCGUAAAUACGAAGAAUAUUGGGUUCAGGACAAUAGUUCUGAUGCAAGAUCGUAUUGACCGGCUCUCCAUCGAGAAAGGAUUGACCUUCUACUUCUUGGUCAAUGGAGUGCCAAUAUUUGCGAAAGGCUCAAAUGUCAUUCCGCGGUCCGUUUUCCCCGAAGAAGAUGAAAACUCCCGCAAGUAUGCUGAAUACCUACUACAAUCCGCUGCUGACGUGCAUAUGAAUAUGAUACGCGUUUGGGGAGGAGGAAUCUAUGAGUCGGAUUACUUUUACGAGCUAUGCGAUCGAUUAGGUAUACUAAUCUGGCAAGAUUUGAUGUUUGCGUGCAGCAUGUACCCGGCUGACAGCGAUUUCCUAUCGAGCGUGGCUGUUGAGGUGGAUCAGCAAGUCAAGAGACUCCAGCAUCAUCCGUCGAUCGCAAUCUGGGCUGGCAACAAUGAGAACGAGGCCGCCCUCGUGCAAAAUUGGUAUAAUACAUCGACAAAUGAAAGACAAUACAGAGCAGAUUACGUGAAAUUAUACGUAGAUACGAUUAUGCCCAUUAUGAAAAGAGUUGAUCCGAAUAGAAUGUAUGUCACAUCAAGCCCCAGCAAUGGACUUGAGACCCUGAUGGAAAACUACUUGUCGAAAGAUCCACAAAGUUCUUUGUACGGUGAUCGUCAUUACUACGAUUAUUAUAAGAAUAGCUGGUUAUCGUAUAACUACCCGCCAGCGCGUUUUUCCUCCGAGUACGGAUUCCAAUCAAUGCCAUCAAAAUCAAAUCUGGAACAAGCGAGCGGCGCAAAUGAUUCAUUGGUUAUGGGCGAAAAGUUCCUGGAACAUCGACAGCAUUUGCCCGGUGGCUACUUGUUCAUGUUCAAUCUCAUACACCACAAUGUGAAAAUGUCUCUCAAAAGAUGCUGUAAGUUAGAGGAGUUCAUAUAUCUCAGUCAGUUGAAUCAAGCUUGGUCACUUAAGAUUGAGACGGAAAAUUAUCGACAGGGAAGAGGAAUCAUCACGCCCUCUGGCGAGGGUCACACGAUGGGAGCUUUAUAUUGGCAGCUCAAUGACGUAUGGGUUGCUCCAUCCUGGUCGUCCAUUGAGUACGGCGGUAAGUGGAAAAUGGCGCACUACUAUGCGAAGCAUUUCUUCGCGCCGAUCCUGAUCUCAGCACGUCAAAUGAAGUCGGGGACCAUUUCCAUGUACGUGACUUCGGAUCUCCUGACGGACAUCCCGAGCUGCGAAAUCAUCGUUGACGUUCACACUUGGGAUUCGUUUGCCAGGGAAACAUCCCACGUCAUAUCGAACUAUACGGUGAAAAAUGCAACAUCAGAGUUGGUUGAGUCAUUCACACUGAAAAGUUUGAUUAACAAAAGCACUCCAGCGAAGAUUUCGGGAAAUGAGAAUGUCACUGAGGAGAAGGACCGAUUUUCUCCGGUUUAUUUCCUUCAUUUGCAGUUAUACGACGCUGCUGGAACACUUUUAUCGCAGAACUUCAUAUUACCGCAAGGUUUCUUGAAUAUCACAGGAUUCGAAACAGCUAACGUCACGAUUCAUCACGUUCAGAGUAUUGAUGUGAAAAAGUUUACUAUCCAUUUGCAAACUAAUAGACUGGCUGCUUUCGUAUGGUUGGAGACGACUAUCCCUGGUCGAUUCAGUGACAAUGGUUUUAUGAUGAUUGAGCCCACUAUGCAACUUAACUUUACAGCAGAUGCUGAAAUAGAUAGUGAAGAUCUGCAGAAUAAUCUCAGUGUAAUGAGAUUGAAAGAAGACUACUAAGAAAAUAGUUUAGUGGAUAAAUUGUUAAAGUUUGUGUAUAUAAUAUUUUCUUAAUUUUGAUUGUUCAAUUUUGUACUUAAGAAAAGAGAAAGAAGAAAAAUUUAGGUAUGAAAAUCACAAAAAAUGAAAGAAAGUCUACAAAAAAGUUUAUAUUGAGCGAUUCUUAUGAACUCUCGCUCAAGAAUCUGAAGUUAAAAAAUGAAAAUAUGGCAAUUUUGCACAAUCACUAUAAAAAAGUAGGCGACAGUAAGUCAAACAAUUUGAGCUACAUCCUUCCUUACACUCCCUUUUUCCUUCUUGCUAAUUUCUUAGGAAAGUGACCAGAUACAGGGUAACUCAUAGUCCACGCUUUCCUUGGGCAGGAAUAAAAAUCAAGUUAAGGCGAAAAGAAAGGAAUCUACAAAAAUUAAAAGAAAAUUAUCAAGAUAGCUAGGCACAUUUUCAUACCUAAUCAACUAAUACUGCGUGAAAUUAGGUACACAAUAAAUAAGUACACUUUCCUACAACGAUAUGGCUAAAAUUGAAUCAUGGCAAUAUUGUACCAUAUUUCUACAACUGUACAGCUUGUAAACACUGUGUUCACAGAUGGCACUUGAUGUGCUGAGAGUAUUCUUGCAGAAUCCUUGAUAUAUAAAUAUUUAUGGGAUAUUGAUGGAAUACUUAAGUGGCCACACAGCCUAUGUUUUGAACAUUCCACACUUGAGUGUUCAUAGAGUAUUUGGAGUGGAAAAUGAGCGACAAGCAAUAACAAAAAACAAUGUAUUCUUUCCAAUUUUAUUUUUAUUUUUUACGUUCCUUAAAUUAAAUAUUUUCAAUUUGAGUAAAGUAUCUUAUUUAAUUUUAGCUUAAAUAAAUAUACAACAAAUAACAAAUAACAAUGAUAAAACAAUUAAUGUAGAAAGUCUUUUGUUUACCGUGUUUAAAAACCUAAAGAGAUGAAACGAUGUCUAACUGAUCUGAGAGAGGGUUAAGUAAAUAAGGUUGGUAAUGAGGUGGUAAAGACUAAUAACAGAAGAAACAUAAUUAUAGUUUUUAAGAGAUUGCGGAUUAGAUAUUGUUCCCUUUAGAUAACCAUUGCAUUCUAAAUUAAAUUUCAUGAGGUUGGAGUGGUCUAAAACAAGUUGUUCAAAAUUGUUAACGAUAGAACACACCAUUAAAAGGAUGCCAGCAGGAUGAAUACCUGACUAAAUGUUUGAUUUUUGAUACAUACAUUGUUGCACUAAAAAUUCGUGAAAGAAAGUUAAGGGAUACAUAACUUUCAUAUACAUGCACUCAGAAUAAGUUUCCAACACCUUUUUUAUUUUUCAAUCAAUUUUAAUCCUUUUAAUUGCAAACUAAAAAAAUAGGUAUAAAUUCUCAAGAAUAGGUAUCUAUGAUAUGUAAAUCAUACAGUAGAUAGUAGCACUGCUUCUAAGAGGGAUUCUGGGUGUCUUGUAGUGGCUUAUUUUCUCGGCUGAAGGGUUUUUUGCAUUGAGAUUUUAAGAUACACUUGCCGAACAUUGGACAACAUGGUACCUACUACCCACAUUUCCAUACAAAGCCUUGAUUGUAUCAGAACCUACCACUGUAAGGGCUACUGUCAGGAGUGAGAUAAUUUUAUUGUUACUCAUACAAAUCAAUCUUGCAGUGACAAAUCAGUUAACACUCAUUCAAAAUUAGUUCAAUGCCAACAGCAUUCAAAUGGAUGAACAGAAAUUAUUUUGAUUGCUUCAAUGUAAAAACUAAAUAAAUUUUACAUGAAAUACAUAUAUAUCUGACCACUAA